CCGUCGUUCACUUGCGGCCGCGGCCGUUGUCCGCCGCAGACUCAUGAGUAACUGAGUCAGUCGGUUAUUUCGUGUUAUCAAUGUGCUAAUAAUUUAAGUGAAGUGAUUAAAUUUUAAUUCAUUAAAUAUUAAUAUAAAUAAAUAUAUUAUUUAAACGAUUUGAUAAAACUAAUCGGGAUUAUCUGUGAAGUGUUAAAGGAUAAAAAAGUGAAUUUAUGAAAACAAAUAAGUGAUAAAAAAAAAAAUAAUAAAAAAUAUUAAAUUACAAUAAAUAAAAGAGUGAUAAGUAUGAACGCGCGCCGGACGUACGUUGCUACGAGCGACCUCUCGUACGUCGCGACGGACGCGCUCGUCGAGUGAGAAGACCGGAAUCCACGCGCGCAUCGUCACCCAGAGGCACGCGUGACUCUUCGUUGUGCACGCGCACGCGCGUUCAACGUUUCCUUGUCCCACCACCCACCACCUAAUCCACCUCAUCCACCCUCGCUUUUCCCUACCCAUUUAUCCCGCACACGUUUCCUUCCGUUUUAUUACUCUUUCUCUUAUUCUCUAUCUCCCACCCUCCCUCACCCUCACACUCAUACUUACACUCACACAUUAAAAUCUCCCUUUAUUCCUCUUUCUUGUGUCCCCUUCAUUUAUAUCCACCCGCAAUAUCCACAAACGCACGCAAGUGCGUGCGACGCAUCCUCUUAUUCCCCUCGCAUCCUGAUUCGCGUCCGUCAGGCACGUGACUACUGGUCGCGAUGCGGCCGGCCGUUGUGCAACUUUUUCUCUCAUGUUGGGCCGUUGCCAUGCUCGGCUUUGCUAUUGCCGCGUGGCAGGAAAAUAUUAGACCCAAGAUGUAUGUUCAACUUGGUGCUGAAGAUGUAUUCAGGUUUACUGGAAAUGAAACGCACACGGACUUUUUCCGGCUGGUGCUACGAGAUGGAAACUACCUCCUUGUUGGCGGACGGAAUCUAGUACACAAUUUAAGUUUGACAGACUUGACAGAACAGCAGAGGCUAACGUGGUACUCAUCGGAAAUAGAUGUUAAAAUGUGUGUAGUGAAGGGAAAAGAUGAGGAAAAUUGUCAGAACUAUGUGAGGAUACUAGCGAAAACUAGCGAAUCAAAUCUUUUAGUGUGUGCAACAAAUGCAUUUAAGCCAAUGUGCCGUGACUACAUUGUACACAGUGGAAAUUAUACGAUGGCAAGUGAGAAGGCGGGUCAAGCAUUGUGUCCAUAUGAUCCACAGCAAAAUAGUACAUUUGUGUAUGUCGGCGAUGAAUUGUACACGGGCACUGUUGCUGACUUUUCGGGGAUGGACCCCAUUAUUUACAGAGAGCCAUUGCAAACUGAACAGUAUGACUCAAUGAGUCUAAAUGCUCCAAAUUUUGUCAAUUCAAUGACUCAAGGUGACUUUGUUUAUUUUUUCUUCCGAGAGACAGCCGUCGAGUACAUUAAUUGUGGAAAGGCUGUUUAUUCACGAGUUGCAAGAGUUUGUAAAUAUGACCGCGGUGGUCCACAUCGUUUUCGAAAUAGAUGGACAUCAUUUCUUAAGUCUCGCCUCAAUUGUUCUGUUACUGGAGAUUUUCCAUUUUACUUCAAUGAAAUACAAUCAACAACUGAUUUAAUAUCCGGUCAAUACGGUAGUGUAUCAGCGCAAUUGAUCUACGGAGCGUUUACAACACCAGUAAACAGUAUAAGCGGUUCGGCAGUCUGUGCAUUUUCGCUGCAAGACAUCUCCGACACGUUUGAAGGCAACUUCAAAGAACAGACGGCGAUAAAUGCCAAUUGGCUGCCGGUCGCCAGUGCCAAAGUACCGGAUCCAAGACCUGGACAGUGUGUCAAUGACUCUAGAACACUGCCAGAUCUUACAUUGAACUUUAUUAAAACUCAUUCGCUGAUGGACGAAUCCGUGCCAAGUUUCUUCGGCCAGCCCAUUGUUAUUCGUACAAGUUUUCAUUAUAGAUUCACUCAGAUAGCAGUGGACCCACAAGUAAAAACUCCCGGUGGAAAAACAUACGACGUAUUAUUUAUCGGUACAGAUAACGGUAAAGUUAUAAAAGCGAUAAACGCCGAUUCCGCGGACUCACAUGAGCGGGUGAGUCCGGUUGUGAUUGAGGAGAUCCAGGCUUUCCCUACUUCGGUGCCCGUCCGUGGAAUAAAAGUCGUACGAGCGUCUCAGGCCGGUGAUGGUCUCGAAGACGGACGUCUAGUGGUAGUGGCUGACAGUCAAGUCCAGGCAUUAAGAUUGCAUCGCUGCUACAGUGACAGAAUACUGUCGUGUGGUGAAUGUGUCGCUCUGCAGGAUCCUUACUGUGCUUGGGACAAAGAGGAAGGUAAAUGUCGGGCACUAGUUGGACCAGCGGCUACCGACGCUGCGAGAUUUCUUCAAAGUGUUGCCACUGGAAUUCACGCUUCCUGUCCACCCAGUAAAUCACUGAGCAAAGAUGCCGGCAGUGUCGGAGCUAUUUCGGCAAAUCAAAAUAAAUUCCCUCAGGACUCGUCGCCUAACAAAGACGGACAGGAGGGUGAAAUAAUAAAUAUAAUGCAAGAUGAAGAGCCAAAUAAUUCAGGACCAGAAGUAUCAGCGGCAGACUCACCGUUGCCUCAAUAUUCAGUGGAAACUCUGGUGAUGGCAGUUGUUGCUGGUGCGCUGGCGGCGUUAUUCGUCGGUUUUAUAGCCGGGUAUUUGUGUGGUCGCAAAUGCCGGAAGGAUGAGGAUGACAAUUUACCCUAUCCCGACACCGAGUACGAGUACUUUGAGCAACGUCAGAAUGUUAAUAGUAGAUUAGCGCCAGAACCAAAAUUGUUGCCUCAAGAAGAAGUGACGUACGCAGAGCCAGUGCUGAUGCCGCAGCCUCCAAAAAUGCAUUCACCGAAAGGUACAAUGAGGAAACCGCCGCCAACACCCGCCGAGACGCUGUUCCAGUUUCCCGAAGCGUAUGGAUUUCGCGGUGGCCCGCGGGACAAUUUCGGAACACUGAGAUCGUGUCAGGGCACCGACGCAUACCGACGUAACGACGGUUUCGCAACGACACGUAGCGUUAAGAAAGUUUAUCUCUGAGAAACGAGUGAGGAGGGAGGCGGCCGUCACCGUAGUUUAGGACGGCCAGGAAGAAAUCGUCACAAUGCGACUUCUGGUCGAAAUCGCGGCGUUAAUUCCGGUGGUGGACAAUCGAGUCGCGGGGAACUGGCUGGUGCAAGGACACUUGAGUCACCCUCCCCGCCGUCCAGUGUCUCGUCAAGUUCGCCAUCGCCUCCCUCCUCAACGCCAUCACCACCGCCAACGUUAUUACCCAUGUCUAUUAACGACGGGUCUCCACCACCGCCGACACCACCCUGCAGUUUUAUAUACCGAUCAUAGUCUUCGCGUAACGGUACUAAUAUAUACGAUUAUUGUCCAGCACAAACUCGUAACAUUUAAAAAUAUUUAUCACCGUUACUCGAUCUAUAAAUAUAAAUAUAUAUAUAUACAUAAUCCACCUCCAUCAAUUUAUAUCUAUAUAUAUAUUUAUACAUGUUUUCACCAUACAGGAAAAACAGGAGGAUUAAUAACGACAGCGGAAGCUGCAGAAUCACCCAGUCACGGGUUUUUAAUUAUUUUAUUUUAUUACUGUUUUUAUUUUAAAUUUUUUCCCCAUUAACUCGUGCGCUGUUUAAUUGACAAGGACUCAUAUAUAUAUACGUUGGACUUACUGCGGGUUUAUUUGUGCGUGUAGGUGUGUGUGUGUCAGAGAAUGCUGUGCAGCUUAAUGGUGUGUGCGUGUGUGUUUAAUGUAUCGUACAGACAUUGAGUGUCGUGCAUGCUUUAAAUUACAGCUGGUGUGUAUUUACACUACGGGGAAACUAAUAUUUUUUAUCGAGAUGUCUGACUGACGUUACGCGUUACUCGGUCAAUUGUACAACGCUACCACUCACUGUGCGACCUAUAGCGUUAUUUUAAUUUAAAAACUGGCAAUUUUAUUAUUUUUUAAACAAUUAUUUUGCCGGUGAUUAACUAAAGAUCUCUAUUUAUAUUAUUUUAUAUUUUAUACUUAAAUAUUUAAGUAAUUAAUUAAGUAAAUUUACCUCGUGCUGAUAAAUUUAGUUUUUUUAUUUUACAAAACGAUAUUAUCAAGGCUUCAUGUUGAUAAUAAAAUGACAAUUAAUAUCACUAUUACUGAAACAAUUAUAAAAAUAUAAACAUAAUUAAACAAUUAAACAAUUAACAAAGUGUGUUCGCGGGUUGUGUCGUGACUUUGACUGAUUAAAAAAAACUAAAACGAAAAAAAUCUUUGUCGACAAGCGUCUUUUUUUGCUUAUCAACAAAUCAGUUAGUUUAAUCAAUAGAAAAAAUAUUAAAUUUAAUGACUAAAUAAUUUAUAAUAAUAGUUUGUAAGUUGGUAAAAAUUUUUUGACGCUACAUAAUUAGUAGUAAAGUAAUUUUUAAAAAUAUUAAUUAAUGUUUAUUACAAUUUAACAAAAUAGUAUUUCAUGAUCUCCAUUUAUUUUAUUGAUUAAAUUUUUUAUUAUACACUGUAAAAAAUCGGAAAUGAUUACGAAUUUUUUUAAAACCAGAAUUUACUCCGUCGGAGUUAAAAAAAAAAUUACACCGCAUAUUAAAUAGGGACUUUGUUUUUUUAGAGGAGCUAUCAAAAAAUUCAUAUGGGAAUCGAGCCUAGAUUUCUAUGGGUUCCCACAUGUCGUUUUCGGAUAGAUUCCCAUAUGGUUUCCUGUAGAAAUCCAGCAGAAAUUCUGACAUGGGUUUCUAUGGAAAUCCAUAUGGGAAUCGUAUGAAUUUCCAUGUAGAUUUUUACUUCGACUUCCCAUGGGAGUCUGCAUCAUGUCAAAGUCCAUAUGGGAAUUUUCUAUGGACUAAGAAUUUGACAAAUUAACAAAAAGCUUCACGUUAUUGAUAUAAAUACCAUAAGAAGUAUCAAGUUCCUAUGGGAAUCGAAGUACCGACAAUUUUCUCCAGAUUUUCCAUACAAGAAUCCAACUACCCAUAGAUUCUUAUAUAAAUCCAUACACUUCUCUAUUAAUUCCUAUGGAUUCUUACAUAAAUCGAUAAUUUUCUAUAUGGAUUCCUAUGCAAACCCCCAUAGAUUUUUUUGAUAGAAGUAAUUUGAAUCCGCGUUCACUCCGACGGAGUUUUAAUAUUAAAAUCAACUCUCCUUCGGAGUAAAUUUAACUCCGGGGGAUGAAAUAAAAAAAGUCAUCCGCUCGUAUUCACUCCAGAUUUAAUCCGCUAAUUUUUUACAGUGAAUUUAUCCUCAUUUUAAAUUAUCACGUCAUAUUUUAUUCACUUGACUAAAUCUUACUACAUAUGGUAUGAAAAUAAAGCGGCAGUAAAUCGCCGUAGUAAAAAAGAAAAGAAUAAAUUUUAAUGCACGUCCGUUGGCAAUAAAGUCAAUAAGUCAAUUACACGCAUUAUUUUUGCUUAUGACGAUAUUUGUCGUCGGACUUAUUGUCGUGUUAUUGAAUACACAACAACGCUAGUCUUUAUAUCCAAUUAAAUUCACUGUCAUAAAUAAAUAACUUCUAAAAAAAAAUACUAAAUAUUAAUACUCGUCAAUAAUACCAAAUAUAUAGAGAAUAAAAGCCUGAUUUAUUUUUAUAUUAAUUAAAUUGUUUAAUAUUUGAAGAUGAAAUUUUUUAUACGAACAAAAAAAAAAGAAAAUAAUAAUGGAGGUCAUGAUUUUAUUUAAAUAUUAAGUUAUAAUUGCUAUUAUUAAUAUUAUUAUUAUUAUAAUUAUAAUAAAUAAUUGAGAAUAAUACAUAAAUUAUAAAACAGUGUUAAUUAAUUUAAAUGAAACGUAGACUGCGCCGUUCAAGUUGAGAACACAUGAUGACUUGUUAAUUAAAAUCAACAGUUGAGUUUUAGUUUUGUGAAUUACAAAAACUGAUUAAAUAAUUAAUAAUAUAUUAGUUUAAAUAUACGCCUUUGUACUCGCAAAUACGUAAUGACAAUUAAUUCGAAUGAUGAGAAAAAACUAAACAGGAAUUUAAAUUAAUACCAAAAAUAAUUAAAAGGAUUAACAAUAAGAGAUUGAGAUAAAGAGUAAGAGUAAGAGUAAGAAUAGGAGUAGGAGUAGAAGGUGGAAAAAAAGGCUUUUAUGUAUAUAAUUACAUAUUUAAACAGUAAUGGCAGUUAAAGUUAUGUAUGAAUGGUAAAUUGAUAUCCCUAGUGGAGCUGAAUUAUGAUAAAUUACGGUAUUUACCGUAAAUUACCGUAUUUUGCAGUAAAAUACUAGAUUAUUACGGCAAAUUUGCCGCAUGUUACGGUUAUUUGCUGUAAAUUAUGGCAAUUAACUCUGAUCUACGGUAUUUUUACCGUAAAACGGUACGAUAUUUCACUCUACGGUAAAAUUCCGCACUUUUACCGUAAAAUGUCGCAGGGCGGCCGUAAAUUUAUGAUAAAUUGCCAGGUUUCAGGGUAAAAUACCGUAAUUUUACAGCAAAUCUGCAUGUCUACGAUAAAGUGUCGUAAUUUUACCGACCUUUUACGGUAAAAUACCGCGCGGUUGCCGUAAAUUACCGCAGGAUUGCCGCAAAUUUACUAUAAAUUACUGUAUUUUUACCUUAAAUACUUCAAUUACCGUAAAAUACCGCAAUUAAUUCUGAUUUGCGGCAUUUUCACUGUAAAACAGUACGACACUCUACGGUAAAAUACCGUAAUUUUGCAGUAAAUCCGCACAUUUACGAUAAAAUGCCGCAAUUUUACUGCGCCUUUACCGUAAAUUAUCCUAGGAUUGUCACAAAUUUACGGUAAAUUACUGUAUCUUUACCUUAAAUCCCACAAUUACCGUAAAGUACCGAAAAAUCGCCGCAAAUUGACGGUAAACUUCCGGAACUUUACCGUAACAAUGCCGCAAUUUAUCUCAAAUACUGAAAUUUACUGUAAAAUACCGUAUUUUACUACAAUUCUUCCGAAUACCAUAAAUUUGUGUACUUACCAUAAUUUACCAUAAUUCAGAUCCACCAGGGAUAUAAAGUAAUCGAUAAUUAAUUAAAAUCAGUGCAUCUAUUUGCGAGAAAGCCUGAUGGCGUGUGUAGAAAAAAACCAGAAAUCUAUCGUAAAGUGCUUCUUAUUUCAGUGUGUUUAGAAGUAACGCGUAUGUGAUAUAUUCUAUAUAUAUAUAUUAUGAUUAUGACUAUGAGGAUAAUGAUUACGAUGAGAUAUUUUCUAGACAAUGGGUUAAGAUAGGAGUGGAAGUCGUGGGUGUCUUUACUAUUAAAUUUAAUUAAUUAAUUAUUAAAUAAUAAUAAUAAUAAUAAUAAUAAUAAUAAUAAUAAUGCUCUCUCUCUACACAGGCGAUAACAAGCUCUUUUGUUCACAAAUAAAAUCCAAACGUUAAUAGUAAUAAUAAUAAUUAAUUAAUAAUAACGUAAUUGUAGUUAGACGUUGAGGAUUUUAAAAAUAAAUUGUGCCAUUUGCACGUUAAUAAAACGUGUAUAUGUUGUGUAAUUUUUAAAAAUACCAAGUUGUAAAACAAUUUGAGUAUUUGGUUUUCCAUAAAUAAAUUAGUCGUGAUAAUAAUGAUUUAAUCUUUAAGUAGUUUGUGUGGGCGUACUUGUAACUCUUAAAUUAUAUAUAUAUGUUAAUUUAUUACCCUACUAAUUAUAUUAAAUAGUAGUUUGUAAUUUACGAUUACAACAAUCGUAUUAAAACCAAAAAAUUUAUACUCAUAAGUAAAUAUAUUUUUUUUUAUUUCCUUAGUUAAAUUUCUAAUAAAAAAAAUUAAUGAAUAUUUUAAUUUAAUUAUAAUUAAUGUAAUUAUUAUUAAUUUGAUAAGUAAAAGUUGUUAAUAAAUUAAAAAAGUUAAAAUUUAAGUUUGUGAAAAAUGAAAACCCACAAUUCUACUUAAAGUUUAAUGCAACAAAAGGGAAACUUAAAAAUUUAUUUAAAAUAAAAGUAGAUUCACUAAAGAAUCACCGAGAGUGCCACAUUGGAUGUGAAUUUUUAAAGCUAAAUAAUAAAAUUUCUCAAGGUUAAUUAAUAUUAAACGAGAACCCAACGAUGGUUUAAAAAAAAAAAUAAUGAAAAAGAUAAAUAAAAUAAAAAAUAGUUUGUCGGGAGUUUUCGCUAAGCGUAUUCUUACUCAAACUCACUAAAAUCUUUGUCACUCGUUAAAUAUAAUAAACUUGUACAACAAACUCGAUGGUAAACAUUGAAGAUUAAAAUAAAAAUAAAAGUUUAAGUGGAAAAAAAUGAAAAUAAAUAAAAAGUUUUUCUCAUUAACGCACUGAGUUUGUGAACAAUCGAACUUGAAUAAUGUCCGACUAUUACACGCACAUUCAAACUUACUCACUUACACGCAUUUAAUUAUACAACUUUUAUUAUACGAUAAUUAUGGCAAGGCAUCAGUUGCCUACAAUUUUUUUGCCGAUUGUAUCAAAUGCCUACAAUAUUUUUUCGUACAUAAUAAAUGCAUACUGCACAGUUUCUUACUGCUCAGUUACCUACCAAACUCUAUUGCCUACAGUUUUAUUGCCUACAAAAAUAAAAAAUAUGAACAUAUAAAUGAAUGUGUUUUCAAUCAUUAAUUGUAUUGAGUUGAAUUAUACACAAAUUUUUUAAAAAAUUUUUUAAUAAUUUAUCAUAUUUGUAAUAAAAAUUUAAUAUUCAAAAUUUCAACUAGUUUUUGAAUUUAAAUUUGAAUUUAAAUCGAAUGAUUUAAAAAUACACACAAAAAAAAUUAUGCAGCAGGGAUCAGACAAAUUUAAAAUUAUUAAUAAAUCGAGUAAAUAAUUAAUAAAAUAAAAUAUUUAAAAAAUUCGCAUUUAAAAAAUUUUGAAAUUAAUAUGUGCACUUUUUAUAAAUAUUUUUUUUUAAAUUAUUUACCCUAUUUAUUUAUAAUUUUAAAUUUGUCUGAUGUCUGCUACGUUCACACUCGUAAAAAAGGAAGGUAUCAAAUGCCUACAAUAUUUUUUGGUACAUCAUAAAUGCAUACUGCUCAGUUUCUUACUGCUCGGUUGCCUACCAAAUUUUAUUGCCUACAGUUCUAUUGCCUACAAAAAUAAAAAAUAUGAACAUAUAAAUGAAUAUGUUUUCAAUCAUUAACAAUGUUAAUUAAUUUUUAAUCUGAUAGAAAACUUAAUGAAGUUUCCAGUUAAUAUUGUGAAAACUACCGUGGUUCUGAUAUUUUUCAGAUCAUCUGAGUUUUUUUUUUUUUUUUUAAAUGAUCGGUCCUGAAUAUUCAUCAUUUCUCAUCAAUAAGUACUUGAUUUUCUUAGCAAAUAAAUCAGAAGCUUCUCUACAUUAAUCAGGUAUUUCUCUGAUGGGUACACAGUUGAAUAGUAAUCAAUUGGACAUCAUAAAAUAUUUUUUUAGUAGGCAAUAGAACAGUCUGCAAUAAAUUUUGUAUGUAAUUAAAGUAUGUAUUUUUUAUUUUUGUGGGCAAUAAAGUUUGGUAGGCAACUGAUUAGUAAGAAACUGAGCAGUAUGCAUUUAUUAUGUACGAAAAAAUAUUGUAGGCAUUUGAUACAAUCGGCAAAAAAAUUGUAGGCAUCUGAUGCCUUCCCAAUUAUUUUUAUUUUUUAUUUAAUUUUCAAAUUUUAAAUUUUUUUAAAUGACUAAAAUUGAAGCUCGUUACCGACACCUCCCAAAAAAUGAAUUUAAAAAGACUGACAAAAACCUCAACGAGCUUUGAAAAUUUUUUUUAUUGCAAUCGUUUUUUUAUUACAAAUUUAAAAAAAAAAACAUGACUACAAAUAACCCGCGUACACUUUUUUUUUACCAAUAGUACAAAUUUUUUAUCUUGUUAUUUAUUAUUAAGUUUUAAACAAAAUAAUUUUUUUCAUACAAAUACUCAGUACCCAGACAUUAAAAAGUAAUAAAAAAUUUUCAAAUUUUUUAUUUACUAAUUUUUGAAAAUUUCCAGUGGUAAAAAAAAUGAUACUGAGUUAGCGGACGUUUAAUAAUUUUUGAAUUUUAUUUAAAACGAUAAAUUACAAAAAAAAAAAAAAUAUUUAAAAAAAAUGCACUUAUAGAUUUUUAAAUUUGCUACACGUGCAUUUUUUUAGAUUUUUUUUUUUGUAAUUUAUUCGUUGAAAAAAAAAUCCGAAAACUUUUAAUUGUCUGCUGACUUCAGUCAUAAAAAAUUGUAAUUUUAAAAAUAAUUGUUGACAGCGGUGACAUGUGUAUAGACUUUUUAAAACUAAUUAAUAAUUAAUAAUUAAAAAAAAAAUUAUCAUCAUAAUCACAAUUUAGUCAGCCUGCAGUCUAAGGGUCGGUCGGUCGGUCGUAAAAAAAAUUAAAACUUUGAAUGUAAAAAAAAAAAUCAAUGAAUAAUGGGAUGAAAUUAGGCCAUGAAAUAUGACAUUUUGAAUAUUGGAUAUAUGAAAUAUAAUAGUUGACACUUAUUGAAUUCGUAUGAGAAUUAAUAAUCACGUGGGGUUCGAAGUUGGGGGCUGGAUGUUGGAGCCAUUGGGGUUGGGCUCGCGGUGGGUAAAGAGAAAACUGGGAUAGGACACAUAAACCUGCCAUUAUUUUUAAUUGACUACUUCCUCAUCUUGGUUAUUACUAGUGCCAGAAAGUUUGUUCAAUGUAUACUCGUUAAAUAAUUAUUACAGCGGCUGAUUGUACAAUGUACUGAUGCAUUGUUAAAAUUUACAUUUAACAUUCUAUUUCGUUAGUUAACUAAUUAAAACUUUAACAACGUGUUUUGUUGAUUCAUUUUUAACAAUUCGUUUAACCCUUCUUUUAAUUAAUAUUUUAUUUUUAUUAUUUAAUAAACGCAGUGUUUAAAUAACCGGGUAAUUUAUUCAUUUCGAAAUUAAAAAAAUUUCAUUAUCGUUUUUUAUUGUUAAUUAAAUAAUUAAUUUUUCACCAGUAGGUUAAUUUUUAUUUCAUUUUCUGGCUCUAGUUAUUGAGGCUAAAAAUAAUUAGUUUUUUAAAAUUAAAUAUUGGAGGAAAUUAAUAAAUUAAUUGUUGAAAAAAAUUGAAAAAUGUCGAGAUCGAUUUAUUGAUUAAUGAAAAUAAACUCAGGCAUGAUACCAAAGAUAUUUAAAUUGUAAAAAAAGUAGACCGUUGUAAUUGUGAGUUAUUGUUAGAGUCGCACAAAGCGGUAUUUCAAUCCGAUGAAGAAGUGACCCCUUGCACAACUUUUAUUAAAAAAAAAAAUGAUAUAAAUGAACGAGAAGAACUUUGAUAAGUUAACAAGAACCACAGCAACGACAAGAACAACAGCUGACACGUACACAUGACAUGCACAAAAAGUAAAACAAUUUAAUCAGAGGUCCAUUAACAUAUGUUAACGUUUUAAUUAUUCUGUCGAUAACACCGUCGGGGGACACUUGCUUUAAAUUAUGGCCCAUUUUUUUAUUGAAUUGAAACAAUCUAUGUUAUUGAGACUUUUUAUUCACUUUAAUUAUUACACUUAUUCAUUUUUUAUUUUAUUAUUGGAAUCAUUUUUAGUAAAUUGUCUCAAUAAAAAUUAGUUUUUGCUCAUAAAAGUCCGAAAACUCAGGGAAAUUUUUUUUUUAAUAAAAAAAAAAUUAAUGAUUUGAGAAAACAAAAUUAUUUUGAUUAAAAAAUUUAAUUGAAUGAAUCACCAAAUAAAAAAAUAUCUAUUUUAAAAAAUUGAUGAUUAAAAUUUUCAAAAUAAUUUCAUUGGUUGUGUCUACAACUUCAACAUAUUUUUUAUUUUUAAUAAAAAAUCCGUUUUUACUCACAAUAUGAUUGAUAAUUGAAGUUAUCCGUCAUCUAAUAAUCUUUUGAUUUUUUUUCCAAGCGAUAAAUUAUGAAAACAAAAUUUUGAAAAAAUUACACCUGUAGUUUUUCGAAUUUUCUACAUGUGCAUAUUUUUAUAUUUUUCUUUUUUUUCGUUACCUGGUUCAUUGAAAAAAAAAUCCAAAAAUUUUUGAUUGUCUGUCAACUUCAUUAUACUGAAUUUAGCCGACGUCUAAUAAUUUUUGGAUUUGUUUUCCAAGCGAUAAAUUAUAGAAAAAAAUUUUGAAAAAAUUGCACCUGUAGUUUUUUGAAUUUUCUACAUGUGCAUAUUUUAAUUUUUUUUUUUUUUGUAAUUGGUUGAAAUAAAACCCGAAAAUUGUUGAUCUUCCAUCAAUAUCAGAAUCAUAAAAUUUAAAUAAAAAAAAUGACCCUGAGUUUUCAAUGAGCAUCAAUAAAAAAAAUAAAAAAUCGGCAUUAUUUAAUUUGAAUAACACGUGAGUUGUAUAUGUAUUUAUAGAGAGAUUUAGUCGGUUAUAAUAAAUAAUAAAUAUGAAUGGUUAAGGAUUAAAUAUAGACAGGCUCCUUUUCCUUAUCGGAGCUUAUAGAAAAUACUGUAUAAUGUAUGAGAACGUAAUUGAUUAUGAUGAUGAGAAUUAUAGAUAUAAGUAGGUGAUUAGCAAAAAAAAAAAUUAUUAAUGAAUUAAAAUUAACAAUUGGUAUGUAGAGUCGCUUAUAACGUAUAAAUAUAUAAAUAUAUAUUAUAUAUUAUUAUUAUUAUUAAUAAUAUAAUAUUAUAACUUUUUAUAAAUAUAUUUUUCCGUCGGAGUCUAGCCUAAGUAGAGGAAAACAUACACAGUUACAAUUAUAUAUAUAUUAAUUAUUAAGUUAUCUAACUGAUCUGUAUAUUUAAACAAAAGAUCUAGUGUUAAUUCAUCAUUUAAGCGUAAUAGUUUUAUAAGUUAGGCAAGUUGUACGAAUUGUAAGUCAUUUUAAAUAAAAAUAUUAAAUAUUUAACAAAUUAGUACCUAAUGUUAAUUAGAGUUGAUUACACGUUUAUUUAUUUUUUGUCAAUUAACUUUUUAUUUUUAUUUUCUAUCAUUUUCAAAAAUUACCUGUCAUUUUUUUUUCAAUUAAGAAAAAGUGUUGAUGCAAAAAUUUAAUUGACAAAAAAUAAAUAUGUGCACGUGGUUGUAAAUCGAAUAUUUAAAUUAAGAACUCAUUUGCCUGCCAUUCAAAUCUGGCACACGUUGAUAAUGUUUUUCCCUGUCCCUUUUGUUUAUAAAAAAUGAAUAAAAAUAUUGAAAAAAAAAAAAAAAAAUAGGGCUAAUGCAUGUGAAGAGUGAAAUAGAUAAUGAGUGAGUUUAAAUUUAUUUUAAUUUUUAAUAAAAAAUUAAAAGUUAUCAACGAUUUAAAUAAAUUGUAAUGUAAUUAAAUAUGUAUUUUGCUUCUUCCUAAUACAGUGCCGUUCAUGCUAUUUUUUACUGUAAAAACAAAUAAAAAUAAAAAUAAAAAUAAUUAAGAAUUUAUUAUAUAGGUGAAGAUUUGAAAACAAUGGGCUGAGUCCUGGCAUGUGUUAAUGUUGCUAAAUCAGCCAUGUGUAAUUGAGAGUGAUCUGAAUGCGACUCUGGUUAAAGUAAAAAAAAAAAAAAAAAAUUAUUGAGAAACAGAAUUUUCUUUUUAAUUUUAAGUGUGAGCGCAAAUACUUUUAAUUUAUUAAGAAAAAAAUCAGAUGCGCAUCAAAAAUUCCUGACACUGACAUUUAUUCAAAUUUGAAUAUAAUUGAAAAGAAAAAAUAUAUAUGAAUGUAAUAAGGAAAUAGUUUUAUUUUUUUAAGGGCCAGAGUCGGCAUUUGACAUGAGCGCGUUAAAAAUUUUCAUUAAAAAAAAAUUAUUACGCCCGGGAAAAGAUAAUUUUGAGUUACGGAGACCGUAAUUUAAAAAAGGCAAUUUAUCGUACUGUAAAAAAUUUUAAAUUUUUAUUUGAAAAAACUUUGAGCCUUAAAAAAAAUUGAGAUCUAAGAUCUUAAUUAAUUUGAAUUUAUUGAUAUAAAUAUGACUCGUUACAUAAAAUAUUUUUUCCCGAGUGUUCUAAUUAUUAAAGUACUGGAAUUUUUUUUUAUUUACUUCGAUAGAUCUUUGAAAAAAAAUUAAAAAUAUAAACUAUUGAACUGUAAAAAUAAAAUUUUGAAGAUUUAAAAAAAUUUCAAAUCUAUGCAGAUCUCAAUGAAUUUCAUUAGAUCUAAAUUAUAAUUUUCUGGUAUAAAUAUGAUACGAUGAUGGAUAAAAAAAAGACGGAAAUUACCAAGUAGUUGACAGUAGGCUGAGGUAGAGAUCGCGUCUUUUUAAAAAGUAAAUUUUGAUUGAUAAAUUAAUGAAUAAAUAAACAUAUAAAAUAUAACGCAAAAAGAUAAAUUAGUGAUUUACUGUGGCUGAUUAAUAGAAUGAAUGCUGCUGACAUAGGAAAGAUAAUUGACAGUACAGAGCAUAGUGGGAUUUGAGAAUCCUGAUUAAAAUAAAUAAAUAAUCUUAAAUAAAUCCGCUUACGUUGCUUUGUAAUUAAAAUUAUUAAUUCAUUGUUUUCUACCAAUUAACAAUAUUUUUAUGUUUAAUAAUUAUAAUAUUAAUUAUAAUUAUAAGUAAUUGUAAAUACUCAUUCAUUUUUUAAAUCCAUUUUAAAUACUUAAUAAUAAAUGCAAUUUUUUUUUAUUAGAAUUUACGUAAAAAAAAUUUUAAAAAAAUCCAAUAAUUCUUGACAUUCCAAUAAUUCCCAUGUUAACAAAUAAACUCGUUUCCAAAACAAGUUGAUAUUUUUAAUAUAAAAUAAUUAUUAAAUUUAUGUAAUUAUCAUUUAAUUAUUUAAUUUUUUAACAAAAAAUAUGUAAUUUAAAUAAAUAUGUAAUAGAAUUUUAUAAUAUUUUUUAAUGUAAUCGCACAACGUGAUGUAAUACUGCCUCUGCUUUUACCGAAAAUUAUAUCGCAAAUUACGUAAAUAUUUUGUUGGUAAUUAAUAUUUAAUUACAUAAAUAAAUGCGCACGUAAACAAAAUUAUUAUUUUUUACUUUAUUUUAUGUAACAGCAUUUAAGGGAGAAACGAGUCUGAGAUACAAAAAAAAAGAUAUUUUUGUGAUUUUUUUUUUCAGAGUACCUUCGAUAUUAAAAUUUUUAAAAUAUGUGACACUAUUAAGCAUCAUUCCAAGAAUAUUCUCCUAAAUUUUCAUUAAAAAAUAUUGAAAAAUAAGCCAGUGGUAGAAGGAAGAGACGAGUCACCUCAAAAAAAAAUCUUCAUGCAAUAGGCAGGAUAACUCAUGACUGCCUCAUUUGAAAUCCAAAAACCAAAAGUAUUUCUUUAGUACAUAAGUUUAUCUCGGAUUUGAACGAAGGAAUAAACAAAAUAUUCAUUUUGGAAUUUUUGGUAAACGUGCAAUUAUAAAACUCUGAUUUUUGCCAAAAAUUGUUCUUUUUAUUUAAUUAAAAAAUAAGUAGUCAUUUAAGAAAAAACCUUUGUUCAAAUCUAAGAUAAACUUAUGUACUAAAGAAAUCUUUUUAGUUUUGUUAUUUCAGAUGAGGCAGUCAUGAGUUAUCCUGCCUACGUCAUGGAGACUUUUUUUUCAUGUGACUCGUCUCUCCCCACUACCACAGGCUUAUUUUUCAAUAUUUUUUAAUGAAAAUUUAGCAGAAUAUUUUUGGAAUAAUGCUUAAAAAUGUCACAAAUUUUAAGAAUUUUCGUAACGAAAAUACUCCAAAAAAAAUCACAAAAAUAUGCUCAUUUUUUUUAUCUCAGAGUUUCCCCCCUUAAUUUUCACCAACAAAAUUUAAUAAUUUAAUUAUUAAAUUUAAAAAGAUCAAGAUUUAUUUAAAAUCUUGAGACUUAAGAAGACAGUUUUCAUUAUCCGGAUAUUUAAUGUCUAAUUGGAUAAAUAAUAUAAAUAUUAAUAAUAAUAAUAAUGAUAAUGAUAAUGAUAAUUUCUAAGUAAAACGUGCGCUUGAUAGAAUGUAUAAUUUAUAGAGCGAGUACUAAAUUGAAUCAACAAAUAAUUUUUGGCGCGAAAGUUUGGAUGACUGAUUAAAUUACAAAUAAUAUUAAAUAAAAUUGAGAUUUUAAAAUCCGAGUGUUAGUGAUAAAAAAAAAUUAAAAUUAAAAAAAAAUAUGGAAUGAUUGUAAAGUCGGAAGACAUUUAAAACCGGCGGACUGCUGUUCAUAGUGCCCUGUUAUAGCGGGUUCCCUGGGCAGAGAUCUAGAGAUAAAUAAUUAA